CAUAUACGAAAAUAAAGCUUUUAAAUAAAUCCGGGUUUAAAUAGAAACGAACAUUUCCUUCAUGAUAAAAUCGCUCCAGGACUAAGGAAAACCAGUACAAAACUCGAUUGCCCGGCGUAGACGGCGCUACUGUCGCUUGUCGUUGGUCAUUCUUCGCGCUUGCCUAUUGGUUCUCUCUUUCGGAUCAGUUUCCAUCUUGAUCACAUUUCUAAGGAUCUGUCACAAACAAAACUAACUAGCCAUGGCGGAUAUUGAAGAUACCCAUUUCGAGACUGGAGACUCCGGGGCCUCUGCUACAUACCCCAUGCAAUGUUCGGCCCUGCGUAAAAAUGGUUUUGUCAUGUUGAAGGGCAGGCCGUGUAAAAUUGUAGAAAUGUCCACAUCUAAAACUGGCAAGCAUGGUCACGCCAAGGUGCAUUUAGUUGGAAUUGAUAUAUUUUCAGGCAAAAAAUAUGAAGAUAUUUGCCCAUCCACACACAACAUGGAUGUGCCUCACGUAAAACGUGAGGACUAUCAAUUAACUGACAUCUCAGAUGACGGUUACUUGUCCCUCAUGUCUGACAACGGUGAAAUUCGUGAGGACCUUAAAGUACCAGACGGUGAAGUCGGCGCUCAAUUACGUUCUGAAUAUGAUGCUGGCAAAGAUAUUUUGUGCACUGUAUUGAAAUCCUGUGGAGAAGAAGUGGUAAUUGCAGUAAAGACAAACACUGCCCUGGACAAAUAAUGGCAUAGGACAAGGGUGAGGGCCGUGUUUCGUCUAUUAAACAUUUUGACGUCAGCAUCAUCUUUAAAAUCAGCUAGCCGGGUCCUCCCUACAACAACCAAUAAUAAGCUACAACAACCCAUUAUCUUAUUUCGUAUUGGACCAGUGUAAAAACCAGCUUUUUAACGUUUAAACGGUCAAAAAAAAAACGUUUUUACUUUGCAACCGUCUGACUACGAUGUUCAAUCAAUAAAAUUUAAUUUAAUUUUAAACUCUAUAAUAUGUUUUUUACCGCCUCGAGAACCACCUUUUUCCGCGAUCAGUUUUUUUUCUUUUAUGUUGUUUAUUUCUUAUUUUCGAAGCAUUUCGGUAGGAAAAAAAAGAUGUUACCCGGAAUCAGGUGGGUACCGAAUCUAAUCUUGUUGACAUAAUAUAAUUUAAUUAAAUAAAAUAUAACAUUUUUUAAA